AUGUUGGAUAAUAAGAGGAAGAGAUCGAACAAGAACCCAGACCAACUAGCACUGGAACUGUACUGCGGGUAUAAGCCUUCGAAGGGUGAAACCACAGUGGAAGAAUGGCCAUUACAAAAAGUGCGGAGUGAUCCAGAUGAAUUUUUCCAACAAGGGAUACUUAACCGUAAGCCACUUAAGAUUGUUGAAGGUACCAUCAAGGACUUGGAAGUGGAGAAGUUCCAACUUGAUACAUUGUAUGACUACCUUGAAUACCAAGAAAUUUUACAAGUUGAAUGUAAGAAAGAUUCUGGAUUUGGUUUGGGCCAUAAGAGAGAAUUAAUGGGCUUGGAUGAAUUGGUGAAUAGGUUUAAGAAUGGUGCAUGUGAGUACUACCUCACUACCCAGUAUGAGAAUGAGAAUGAGGAGGAGGAGGAGGACAACGACAGUGAUAAUGAGGAGAGUGAGGUGGGCGAAGUAGACGAAGAAGGCGAAGUAGACGAAGAAAAUGACGAAGAAAAUGAAGACGACGAGGAAGAAGAAGAAGAGGAGUCUGCAUUUGGUAAUGCUGCAUUGGCAUUCUCCGACACAGAAUCCAUGGAUUUAAAUAACCUCGAAGACGAUUACGUCGAUCUGGAUCCAGACGGUGACGAUGGUGAAGCUGAAGUUACCCUGCGCAUUCAACUGCUCCUACAGGCACCCCUCACAAACCUAUACAAUAAGAAAUUUCCGCUAAUCCCCGAAAUAUUGCCAUAUUUGGUUCCACAGCAAAUUAAUCUUUGGAUGGGUGCUAACACUACUAGUGCGAUUAAAGAGGAAAUUCCUAAAAUAAAUUCUCUGAAACCUGACUUUGGAUUAGGAAGAUUCUUGCCCAACCUGGGCACAUCGUCAGGGCUUCAUCAUGACCAUUCAGAUAAUUUAUAUAUACUUCUACACGGGUGGAAGAGAUUCACCCUCUAUCCUCCUUCGGAUGCUGCAACAUUGGCUACUGUGGGGGAAAUAUACAAAAUUUUCCAUACCGGGAUUAUAGAUUAUAAUCAUCCUGGUUGGAAACAUGUUCGAGAUGAUGGAGCUAUGGUGUCGGAAACUGAUAAACAUACGCAAGGUGGGAAAUAUUCAGAAUCGGAAACUAAAAGUUCCGAACAAGAAACUGAAACACCUCCUAGUUUCUCGAAAAUUCCACCUAUUUUAUUACAUUUAGACGAGGUCGAAGAUGCAACUAAAAAAUUUGAACUUGAGAAAUUGGCACAGGAUUAUUUUCCUGAUUUCCUAACAUUAAAUAAACUUCAAGUAUAUCUCGGUCCAGGCGAUAUGUUGUUUCUUCCUGCAGGAUGGUUUCAUGAGGUGACUUCAUACGGGUAUGACCCACGCAAUAAAGGGGCAGUCACGGACUUGAAAGGAGAAUCUAGCCAAGUUCAUAUGGCUUUGAAUUAUUGGUUUGCACCGCCAAAUGGUACUUCCAUCGAAAAACCAUACAAUGAUAGAUAUUGGCAAGACGAUUUUGAAGUUACUUUAAAGGGGAUUGAGAGAUUGAAAGGGUUAUAA